AAGACAGCCUGCAUGCAAACCGCUAUAGCGGAAGUGACGUAAUAUUUGCACAUGCGUAGACUGAUCGGGUAGCGACACGGGGUACCGAUCGGGUAGUGUGAGAGCAGAUUCCUGGAUUGUUCCUGUAUAUUUCGUUUCAACGAUGUGCCAGGUGGAGGAAGACUACCAGCCGAAACUGGAGCGCACGCAGGCGCACAGUGUUUGCAGAAAAUGUGUCAAAUGCAAAGAGGAGCAGGCAGCAGUUCUGAUCCGUGCAGGAGACCCUUACUGCAGGAGCUGCUUCAGAGAGUACUUCACUCACAAGUUCAGAGCCAUGCUGGGAAAAACCAGGCUCAUCUUUCCUGGGGAGAAGGUGCUGCUGGCCGUCUCUGGAGGCCCCUCCUCUUCUGCCAUGCUCAGUCAAGUCCAACAGGGUUUGGGUCAAAGCGCUCAGAAGAAGCUCCGGUUCUUGCCUGGACUCGUCCACAUUGAUGAGGGGGGCGCUCUCGGCCUGUCUUUGGGGGAGAGGCAGCGGCUGGUGUCUGAGCUGAAGGCGAUCUUCCAAACCUCUGGAUUCCCCUUCCACGUCAUCCCUCUGGAGCAGGUUCUGGACCUCCCCACUUCAGCUGUGAAUACGACCCCACCCAGCUCUGACAGAGCUCCUGACUGCUACAAAGCAGCGGGGGACGGCGGAGAGCUGCAGCAGGGGGGGGCGCUGGCUGAGCCGAGUGUCCACGAGGCCCAGACCCGAUCUCUGCAGCAGCUGCUGGGUUCUGCUACAACGCUGACGGCCAAGGAGGAGCUGCUCCGUACUCUGAGGCAGCACCUGCUGGUCCACGAGGCUCGAACCCGCGGCUACAGCAAACUCCUGCUGGGGGAGAGCUGCACCCGGCUGGCCGUCAGACUGCUCACCUGCGUCAGUCUGGGCAGAGGAGCUCACCUGGCUCAGGACACGGGUUUCUCCGACUGCAGAUUUGGAGAUGUCACGUUCGUCCGACCGAUGAGGGAGUUCUCAGCCAAAGAAAUCGCCGUCUACAACCACAUGUUCCGCGUGCCGACCGUGGUCAUUCCCAGCCUGGAGACCAAGACGCUGGAGAAGGCCAGCAUCCAGCGCCUGAGCGAGAGCUUCGUCAGCAGACUGCAGCAGGACUUCCCGUCCACCGUCAGCACCAUCUACAGGACCAGCGAGAAGCUGCAGACAGCGGGUGGGGGCUGCUGUGAGGAGGACGGCAGGUGUCUACUGUGCCUUUGCAGCCUGGACACCGCUGCAGGGAAGGCCUCAGCGCUCCAGGCCAGGCUGAUCUCAGAGCAGCUCUGCUGUCAGAAACCUGCAGGGACGGUGAAGGUGGAACCGUCCCCCCCUGCUGGACCGUGCUGUUCCUCUGCAGAUGGAGAGUGUGGGAGCGCAGCAGGUGGCGCCGUCUGCUGCUCCUCAGAAGCUCCAGAGAAGAAGGACCUGCAGAAGCUGCUGUGUUACAGCUGCCAGCUGACCCUCAGAGACAUGUCUUCAGUGGCUCAUCUUCCCCAGUACAUCCUGACAGAGGCUCAGAGGAGGAAGAGGAGGUCUCUGAUGAAGGACGAGAUCAGUGAGUUCCUGCUGGAGGAAGAGGAGGGCAGCAGCUGAUCAGACAUGAGGAAGAAGACUCCUGGUGGGCAGAGAAGCUUGUUCAGGUGUAGCUCCCUCCAGAUCGGUUUUGGGAGACUAAAUCAGUUCUUUGUACCUUAGUGGCCUUUUAUUAAAAUGGUUUUGGUUUCAUGUUUCUGCAUCUAAUGCAGAAAUCCAGCAGCCAGAACAAACAUCUCAGGUCUUUGGCAGGAUUGAAGAGGGUUGCUGACAUCAGCAGGGACAAAAGCCACACCCACCAACACUUGAUGAAAACCUUUAUUCACACAUUUUUCUGGAAAAUAUUUCCAACACAAACACACAAGUAUUUACAGAAGAACGGGGGGGCUCAGGCCUUCAGACGCCGUUGAUGCAGGCGGCGGGCAGCGUGGACUUGUCCAGGUCAUCAAAGUAUGGGUGGGUCAUGGCCUCACGUGCAGAGAUCCUCUUGGGAGGAUUGUAGAUCAACAUUUUCUAAAAACACAAGGAGGGUUACUGAGGAGGAACUGGAUGUUCAAAAGUAAAGGUCUGGUUUUGAAGGGUUCUGCUGACCCCCGGUGGUGGUGGAGGGUGUUCUGAGAUCAUUAAAGAAUAAAAAGACUGAAAUGUUCCUUA